CGGAAAAGCGCCUCGGCCACGUCCAGCAGCAGCAGCAGCCGCAAGGACCGAGACUUGAAGGCCCACCGGAGCCGGACUAAGUCGUCCAAGGAGCCGCCUUCGGCCUACAAGGAGCCGCCCAAGGCCUACCGGGAGGACAAGACCGAGCCCAAGGCCUACAGGCGGCGGCAGCGGUCCCUGAGCCCUCUGGGCGGCCGGGACGACAGCCCGGUGUCCCACAGGGCCUCGCAGAGCAUGAGGAGCCGCAAGUCCCCCAGCCCGGCAGGAGGUGGCAGCAGCCCCUAUUCUCGGCGGCUGCGCCGUUCCCCCAGCUACAGCCGCCACAGCUCCUACGAGCGGGGUGGCGACGUGUCCCCCAGUCCCUACAGCAGUAGCAGCUGGCGCCGCUCCCGCAGCCCCUACAGCCCAGUGCUCAGACGAUCUGCUAAAUCCCGAAGCAGAAGUCCAUAUUCAUCUAGGCAUUCAAGAUCUCGUAGCAGGCACAGAUUGUCUAGAUCCAGAAGUCGUCAUUCUAGCAUUUCUCCCAGCACACUAACUCUGAAGAGUAGCCUGGCAGCUGAAUUGAACAAGAAUAAAAAAGCACGAGCUGCAGAGGCAGCACGAGCUGCAGAGGCAGCUAAGGCUGCUGAGGCAGCCAAGGCUGCUGAAGCAGCUGCCAAAGCUGCAAAAGCCUCAAACACUUCUACACCUACCAAGGGGAACACAGAAACUGGUGCCAGUGUAUCACAGACAAACCAUGUGAAGGAUGUGAAGAAACUUAAAACUGAGCAUGCACCUUCUCCCUCAAGUGGUGGAACUUUAAAAAAUGAUAAGGCAAAAACAAAGCCACCUCUUCAGGUAACAAAGGUAGACAAUAACUUGAUUGUAGAUAAAGCCACCAAGAAAACAGUUGUAGUUGGGAAGGAGAGUAAAUCUGCUGCUACAAAGGAGGAACCAGUAUCUCUUAAAGAGAAAACCAAACCACCUACGCCAAGCAUAGGAGCUAAAGAGAAGGAGCAACAUGUGUCUUUAGUGACUUCUACAUUACCACCAUUACCUUUGCCUCCUAUGCUGCCUGAAGAUAAAGAUGCUGAUAGCUUAAGAGGAAAUAUUUCAGUAAAAGCCGUUAAAAAAGAAGUAGAGAAGAAACUCCGAUGUCUACUUGCUGAUUUACCACUGCCCCCUGAGCUACCAGGAGGAGAUGAUCUUUCAAAGAGUCCAGAGGAAAAGAAAACAGCAACACAGUUACAUAGUAAAAGGAGGCCUAAAAUAUGUGGGCCUCGCUAUGGAGAAAUCAAAGAAAAAGAUAUUGACUGGGGAAAACGCUGUGUGGAUAAAUUUGAUAUCAUCGGAAUUAUUGGAGAAGGUACUUAUGGACAAGUUUACAAAGCCAGGGAUAAAGACACUGGAGAAAUGGUAGCCUUAAAAAAAGUGCGUUUGGAUAAUGAAAAAGAAGGCUUUCCAAUUACAGCCAUUCGAGAAAUUAAAAUUCUCCGGCAGCUUACACACCAGAGUAUUAUCAAUAUGAAGGAAAUAGUGACUGAUAAAGAAGAUGCUUUGGAUUUUAAGAAGGACAAAGGUGCAUUUUAUCUGGUCUUUGAAUAUAUGGACCAUGAUCUAAUGGGACUGCUGGAAUCAGGCUUGGUUCAUUUUAAUGAAAAUCACAUAAAGUCAUUUAUGAGACAGCUCAUGGAAGGUCUGGAUUAUUGUCAUAAGAAGAACUUUUUGCAUAGAGACAUUAAAUGUUCAAAUAUCCUUCUAAAUAAUAGAGGGCAGAUAAAGCUUGCUGAUUUUGGACUUGCUCGUUUGUAUAGCUCAGAAGAAAGUCGGCCAUAUACCAACAAAGUUAUCACUUUAUGGUACCGUCCACCUGAACUGCUGUUGGGAGAGGAACGAUACACACCAGCUAUUGAUGUAUGGAGCUGCGGAUGUAUCCUUGGUGAACUCUUCACUAAAAAACCUAUAUUUCAAGCAAAUCAGGAACUUGCGCAGCUAGAAUUAAUAAGCCGUAUAUGUGGGAGCCCGUGUCCUGCAGUGUGGCCUGAUGUAAUUAAACUACCAUAUUUCAACACCAUGAAACCAAAGAAGCAGUAUCGUCGAAAGUUAAGAGAAGAAUUUGUUUUUAUUCCUGCAGCUGCUUUAGACUUAUUUGAUUACAUGCUCGCCUUGGAUCCUAGUAAGCGGUGCACAGCUGAGCAGGCUCUUCAGUGUGAGUUCCUACGAGAUGUUGAACCCUCAAAAAUGCCUCCACCAGAGAGGUUUUUACACGCUGAGGCAAUGCACCAUAGUAAGAUGGCUGAGAGCCUUCCUUUAUGGCAAGAUUGUCAUGAGUUAUGGAGUAAAAAGCGAAGAAGACAGAAGCAGAUGGGCAUGACUGAUGAUGUUUCCACAAUUAAAGCCCCCAGAAAGGACUUGUCUUUGGGCUUAGAUGACAGCAGAACCAACACACCCCAGGGUGUAUUGCCAUCUACACAACUGAAAUCUCAGGGCAACUCAAAUGUAGCACCUGUAAUAACAGGCCCUGGACAGCAGUUAAACCACAGUGAAUUGGCAAUUCUACUAAACCUACUACAGUCUAAAACAAGUGUUAAUAUGGCUGAUUUUGUCCAAGUGUUGAACAUUAAGGUAAACUCUGAGACUCAACAGCAGCUAAAUAAAAUAAACCUUCCUGCUGGAAUUUUGGCAACAGGUGAAAAACAGACAGAUCCAUCAACACCACAGCAGGAGCCUUCGAAACCAUUGGGAGGAAUUCAGCCUUCUCAGACCGUCCAGCCUAAAGUGGAGACUGAUGCUGCUCAGGCGGCUGUGCAGAGUGCAUUUGCAGUUCUGUUGACUCAGUUAAUAAAGGCUCAACAGUCAAAACAGAAAGAUGUGCUACUAGAAGAAAGGGAAAAUGGAUCAGGACAUGAAGCAUCAUUACAACUCAGGCCACCUCCAGAACCUAGCACACCGGUAUCGGGGCAAGAUGACCUCAUUCAGCAUCAAGAUAGGAGGAUUUUGGAGUUAACACCAGAACCAGACCGGCCUCGGAUUCUGCCUCCUGAUCAACGUCCUCCUGAGCCUCCGGAACCACCACCAGUCACUGAGGAAGAUCUCGAUUAUCGGACAGAAAACCAGCAUGUACCUACCACUAGUUCCUCAUUAACUGACCCUCAUGCUGGAGUGAAAGCAGCCCUGUUACAGCUGCUUGCUCAGCACCAGCCCCAGGAUGAUCCCAAAAGAGAAGGUGGUAUUGAUUAUCCAGCAGCAGACACUUAUGUGCCCACUUCAGACUACAAAGACAGCUUUGGAUCCUCUUCUUUCUCUUCUGCUCCUUAUGUUAGCAACGAUGGUCUAGGAAGUAGUUCUGCUCCACCAUUGGAACGACGUAGCUUCAUUGGAAACUCAGAUAUUCAGUCUUUGGAUAACUACAGUACUGCUUCAUCUCAUUCUGGUGGUCCACCUCAGCCUUCUGCCUUUUCUGAGUCAUUUCCCAGUUCAGUAGCUGGAUAUGGAGACAUUUACCUCAAUGCUGGUCCCAUGUUAUUUAGUGGAGACAAGGACCAUAGAUUUGAAUAUAGCCAUGGUCCUAUUGCAGUCCUGGCAAAUAGCAGUGACCCUUCCACAGGGUCAGAGAGUACUCAUCCUUUGCCAGCAAAGAUGCAUAACUAUAACUAUGGUGGUAAUUUACAGGAAAAUCCAGGAGGCCCCAGCCUCAUGCAUGGACAGACCUGGACCUCUCCUGCCCAAGGGCCUGGAUAUUCACAAGGAUACAGAGGACACAUUAGCACAUCAGCUGGCAGAGGUCGAGGGAGAGGGUUACCAUUUUGAGUAUCUGUUUUUCCUCAGGCACAUCAUUUUUAUCUGGAAAGACUUUUCUAGCUGCAAUUUAAGGCAGCAAUCCAAGAGACUUGAAUAAUAUUAAUUCAACAACAGCUUUAUUUUUAUGUGGAAAAGGGUCUUGCAUACAAUAGUUAAAAAAAAAAAGAAAAAAAACUUUGCUUAAAUUCAUGCUGUUCUUAAAACUAGAUCUAUUGAUUGUACAUCUUCACAAUUCUAGUUAACAAUUUUAUUUUGUAUUCUUGCAGUUUUAAGUGGAUGCUAAUCUUAGGGACAUAAGCCUUUUAUGACCCUCUUGCAGAUCUUCUGAACUAUGCACAUUUGUGCUUUUUUUGUAAGUUUGGACCAACUUUUAUGUAACAAACAACCCCUUCCUGCCCCCCUCCAGUUUUACAACAAUCAGAAAGGGCACUGAUUUAUUUGGUAUUUUUCUUUUUACAAAGCUACCUUUAGUCAAAGGUCACUGUCAGUCUUUGCACCUGCUUUCAGUGUUAUUGUGAAAGGUGUACUUUGUGCUCAUUUCAGAAAAUAAAACACAACCUUUCUCUUGAUGCAACAGUUUUAUAAAAGAAAAUGGUCAACGUUAUUUUUGUUUGUUUUGCAGAUUAUCAUAGCCUAGCAAAAUGCAUUCAAAUGAUAUAGUGGGUUUUAUAUGAAAAAUAUGGGGUGGGGAGGGUUAAGUAAGUGCCUUAACUGGUGAGCUUAAGGUCUGAAAAGGUAGUUAACCUUUACACCCAUUUGUCUUUUAAAGGGAAUCAAUGCAUUGUACUGAAGAGGCAGCAAGCUUUCAAGUUUGGGGUGGCUGCCUAUUCAGUCCCUGUGAGGUCCAUUCCCUCUGCCUGUCACACUUCAUUUUCUGCCUAUAUUUGGGCCAUGUUAUCUUUCACUACCACCUUCUCUUGGUAGGGGAGUGAGAGCAAAGAAAGGGAGUAGACCUGCUGUCAGUACCUUUUGUUACUUCUGAGAAGUUCUAAAAAGUUUUGUUAUAAAUGGUUGAAGGUAAUAGCUAAAUGAGAAUUUUAAGAUACCGUUUUCUUUCAGGCUGCCAUAUUAUCCCUAUUUUCAUUUGGAGUUUAGAAGCAAGAAUUAAUAACAUAAUUUGCAUAAAUGUAUUAAAAUGAUCAUGGGAGGAGGGGUGGCAAACACCAUAUUUUUUAAGUUAUGCAGUUGCCAUUUUAAGAAAAAGUCAACUCAUUAACUAGAAAUAUUGCCUAGAUUGAAUUUAUCGAAGCAAAAAGAAAUAGAGAAGACUUCUUAUCUUCCUUCCUCUCAACCUUCUAUAAAGUUUAUUAUGACUUCUGCCAGACAUACAGAAUCUUAGUUCAUUUUAACAUUUUUUUUCUUUUAUUGAAGGUAACAAAGAAAGAUGGAAUAAUUGUUAUUUAAACAGUAAUGUUUUUGGGUCUCUCGUUUUGUGCGUGUGUGUGUGCACGCAUGCGCGCAAGCGCACGCUUAUAAUAAUUUUGGAAAGGAACCAAAGGUAACUAACAAGUGUUUCCAUCAUCAUUAAAUGGAAAAACAGACUCUGGAAAUCAAAAGUUGUGCCAAUUAACCAUUUUGUUUUAAUUGUUUAAUCUUUUGAUUGGAGUCUUAAAUUGGAACAAUUGUUACAGAAUGAAAAAUGCUCCAGUUCUAAAGCCAGUUAACCCUGUGCUCUCUGACUUGUGAACCUGCAUUUCAAAACAGGAUGUGGGAAACAUAGUUUGGUAACAGUAAGCAUAUUUUAAAGAAGCUAAUUUACAUUUUACUAUUAUAAAAUGAAUUGAUGUCAGUUGACCAUUUUAUUUUUUGGUGGAAUUUUUGUUGUUUGGGAGAAAAAAAAUGAAUGAAAGAAAAAUUAUUUUGCUUUUAUUUGAAUAUUGGAGUACUAACAACUUAUAAUAAAACUACAUUACAGGAAGUGAAGAAAUAUUUUGAAAUUUAGCAAAAUAGCUACAGUAUUCAAGUCUCUGAAAUUUUAAUAUGGUGAGUCUUAGAGCUUUAGACUUUCCUAUAAGUGACAGUAUCUAAGUUAUUCUUAAUAGUCACACUUAAUAAUUCUGCUGGCCAUAAGCAGCUAACCCAAAAUUGAAGAUAUUUAUGUGACAUGAAUAGCCUGUGUUUUAAAAAUUAAAUAUUUUAUAUAAAAGUGAA